AGUGUGGACAGGGCAUGGUGCGCUUAUUACCUCUCUUCAACAAGCAAUUUGAUCUUAUUGUUGAGGUAAUUUAUGUGAUCUUAAUCAUCACAAAUAGAGGUUUAUUAUAUCAAGACAAAAGAUGUGCAACAGGUUUUUGCAGUAUCUCGAGAAGAAUUUUUCUUGCUUCGGUCAAGACGUAAAUGACGAUAAUUCAGCUGAGGAGCGCAGUGACAGGGAUGAUGACGAUCACAGUUCUUCUCAGAGUGAAAACAGUUCUUCUGAAAGAGAAAGUUUUCAAAGUUACAGUGAUGAUGACGACGAUGAGGAAGGCGCGGGAGAAGACGUUGUGGAGUCUACCGGAAGGAGCGCAACUAUGAAUUCAAGCUACGAGGAUUGUUAUUCCAAAGCAACGGGUUCAACAAGGAAUAGUAUGAAGAAUGUGGAAUCUCUCAAAUCUUUCAAUGGACCAAGUAGAAAAAAUUCACCAGAAGAAAAAAAGAACAAGUACGUACCGGUAAAAAUUAGAAGUAACGUAAGAAGCCAGAAAAUUAAUCAGGAGAUUCCAGAGAAACUAUCAAAAAGUGACACCCGUCACGCAAAACAGACCCGUCAGCAGCCCGAGGGCAGGAAAGUUUCAAGCAAAACCGCCACAACAACGCUGCCGAAGGAGGAGAUGAAGAAGAAAACUCAGAGCAAACUUUCGAAUAAGGCGCCAACUGCAAAAGAGGAUAAAAAUUUCAAAAAGAAAGAUGACAAGAAAGCAGUAGGUAAACAGGAUCGCAAAAAAACGCCAGCUGGUGAAAAGAAAUCUCCAUUAAAAAGCAAAGAAGAAAAAAAGAAUUUCAGGCCGAAAUCGGUCGAAAAACCCAAAGAAAAAUUGGAAAAAGAAAGGAAAAGUCCCCCAAAGGAAAAGCGAAAGACGGAAGAAGUUAAGCAAAGUGUGAAACAUUUGGAAGCAGUUAAGGACAGCAGCAAGAAAUUGAAAUCAAAAUCAAACAAGACUGAAAUAAUGAAAUCGGCUCCAUUGCAGAACAAAACUGUCGCUAAUAAGAAAUUGGAACCUAAAAUGCCCAUGAAGAAUGGAUUGAAAAAAAAUGACAUCAGUAGAGCUGGUACGUUUGCUAAAAGGACAAGAAGUCUUCCUGGUCGGAGUGUUCCAAAAUUUACAUCAAAAUCUAUCCAUAAAAGAAGACUAACAAAAUAAAAAUAACUUACUAGACCUACUCGUGAUGAUGAAAUUGUUGAAACCAAAGCUUCGUUUCCCACCAGCGACUUGCCAUUCUAAUUUGUCCAGUGUUAUAAAAUUGUACCAACAAUGUUGGUUGUUUUCUGUUUUGUAACAUUUUUGGAUUUUUGUUACAAUAUAAAUUUAAUGUGAA